AAAAAGCUCAUAGCCAAAAGUGCGUUCUUCAAUUUGUGAAAUCAAAAAGUAUUUUUUAAUUUAAUUCCAAUUAAACAAUAAUUCUUACAUGCUAUCAAUAAGAAAUAAGUUUAUUAAAAACAUCCAGAUCCCUUGAGGUUAAUACCAUUGAGCACCAAUCUUCCAGACAUUUUUAUAAAUAUUUUUUAUUUUCAUCCCUUUGUGUUUAUGUUGUGUUGUGACAAAGUGUAAUGAUGGAUAAAGUAUCAAAAGAAAAUAUAGAAUCAUAUAUAAAUGAUACCCUCAAAGAAGAAAUAAAACGUCUCGAUCAGUACAUUCAAGCGUAUAAUGAGGAAAUUAUGGAAUUUGUUCAACUAAAGAACUCGAUUGAAGCAUUACAAAAAAAGGGUGGCGAAAAAUUGAAGACACAAAUGAAUAUUGGCGGUAGAUGUUUUAUGAAAGCUGAAGUACAAAAUACGGAUAAAAUAAUUAUUGAUGUGGGAAAAUCUUGCUUUGUCGAAUUUACAAUGGUAGAAGCUAUCAAAUUUUUGAACUUCAAAAUUACUGUUCUUACAAAAGAGUGCCAAGUAAUACGAGAUGAAAGUAUUAAACAACGGUCCAAUGUCAAACUUACUAUGGUUUUAUCCUAGAUUAUCAAGAUGUAUUGAAGGAAGUUACUAAAAAGUUGUUUUCAAACACAAAGUUGAAUUUUUCAAAAUAAAAGAAAUAUAUAUAAAAUUAUAACAGUG